AUGGAAUAUAUAAAUAAUUAUCUAUCCCAACCUAAUAAGACACAGCUGGUCAAUGAAGCCAUUCCCACAUUAUGUAAUAGACUACAGCACUCAGUGAUGUCUUCAGAUAGGCGAUCGGCCGUUUUAGGAUUGAAAAACUUCAGUAGACAAUAUAGAGAAUUAGUUGUUGAAUAUGGUUUAAGACCCUUGAUUUCAACCUUGAAAAAAGAUAGUGAUAAUUCAAUGAUAGUGAAGCCCAUUUUAGAGUGUUUGUUGAUUCUCCUAAUCAAAGGAAAUAAGGAAGAUGAAGAUUUAACCAAAGGUUGGAUCUCUCAACAAUCAAGGUUACAGAAUGGUAAAUACCCAUCACCUUUACUUAUGGAUAACAUUUCCUUUGAUGAAUUUUCCAUUUGGAUAUCUGAUGAAUUGACCAAAGAUGAACAGUCAAUUGAAAUUUUAUUGGACAUCAUUUCCAAUGAAAACGAUUUCCAUAUCAGAUUAUAUGCCAUUCAAUUAUUAGAAAGUUUGGUUUCAAUCAGAUCCAUAAAGACCAAAGAUGCUUUAUUAAACAUCCCCACGGGUAUUUCAACAGUUGUAUCUUUAUUGUCUGAUCCCAACGAUCCGAUCAGGAACGAAGCCAUCUUAUUGUUGAUGGCUCUUGUCAAUAAUAAUUUCAACAUUCAAAAAUUAGUGGCUUUUGAAAAUACUUUUGAUGUUUUAUUCAAUAUAAUCGCCGAAGAAGGGGGUAUAAGAGGUUCGAUAUUGGUUCAAGAUUGUUUAUCUUUAAUCACAAACUUAUUGAUGUACAAUGCAUCUAACCAGAAGUUCUUUUUAGAAACUCAAGGUAUACCACAAUUGACAAAUUUAUUGAAUGAACCUUUGGAAACAGAAUUUGAUGGUAUUUCUGCCCCAAUUAUUUGGACAGAACAAAGAAUCUCUAAUAUUUUGAUUGCUUUGGAUAUUGUAAGAAUUUUUGUUGUAGAAGAUAAUGAGAAUUUGAAAGCUAAUCAAAUGAAGUUGAACUCUUCAGGUUUAUUGACCACAGUUUUGAGGUUGAUUUUCUCAAUGGAAACCAUCAAUGAAAUCAGAUCCAUGGCUUUGUUGGUCACUGCUGAUAUCAUUAGAGACAAUAAUGAUAUUCAAUUGAUUUUCAGUCAAAUUUAUAUUCCUUAUAUUGAUCCUUCAUUACCUAGUCAUAUUCAAGCUUAUGAUAAAGGAUUGCCCAUUCCAUUGGCUUUAUUAAACUGGUGUUUGUUCAUCAAUUCGGUUCACUUAUUCAAUGUUAGACUGACAUCUGCUUUCUGUCUUAAAGCUUAUUUUACUGGUAAUAAUGAAGCCAAAUUAGCAUUCUUGGAAGAUCAGAUCAAAUCUUAUUUGGGGGAUUUACCGCAAGAGGAAGAAGAAAAAGUUGAUGAAGAGGAAAAGGAAAUUGCUCUCGAAGACGAGACAAAUAUCACUAUGAAUGGUGAAAGCAAUGGUGAAUUGAAUGGUAAACUGAACGGAGAAUUGAACGGUGAAUCUAAUGGUCAAAUCAACGGCCAUACUGAAUCGAAUGGUUCUGCAACCACAGUAGAAGUCAUACCCACUCCUAUUGGUAAUUUAUUGUCCACGCUUAUGGACUACGAUUCGGAUAUAAAUUUGAACCCUUAUAAAGUGUGGUUUGCCUCAGUAAUCAUGAUCUACUUGUUUGAAGAUAGUGAAAGUUGUCAGAACUUGGCACAAUCCAUUAAAACAGGUGAUGAAUCUGUUGGUGAAGAGGUUCUUACUUGCAUUCAAGCUAUUUCAGGAUUAUUAGUGACCAAUUUGGAAAACACUGAUCCCAGGAUUUCUAUUGGUUAUUUGAUGUUGUUGUCUUUCUGGAUGUAUGAAAAUCCUUCUGUUGUCAACGAAUUCUUAAGUGACUUAUCAGUUGUUCAUUCAAUAUUAACUUUCUUAAGUAAUAAUUCUGUAGAAUCUUUGGAGAUUACUAGAUACAUGGCCAACAUCCUUUUAGGUGUUAGUUAUGAAUUUUCUUCCAAGACCUCGCCAAUUUCAAGAGUUGAAUUACACUCAUUAUUGGUGAAGUCCUUGGGUAAAGACAAUUAUGCUUUAAAGGUCAAACAAUUCAAGGAUACGUUAUUUUUCCGUAAUUUUGAUGAAGAAUCUUUCUUAUAUGCUCAACAAGAUGAAUCAGGAUUACCAGAUGUUUACUUUGAUAUAACUUACGUCAGCUUGAUCAAGGAUAAUUUUGCUAGAAUAAGGAAAGCCUUGUAUCAUGAUCCAAACUUUGAGCCUCAAGUCAAAAUAUCUUUCGAUGAUUUUGAAAAUUUGGACAAUAUGUACAAAUCUUUAUACACAGAAUUUGAAGAUUCCAAAACCACUUCAGCAGAGUUGAAAGAAAAACUCAAUGAGGAAAUAUCAAAGUUGAAGGACGAAUCUUCAUCUUUUGAAAAGCAAUUAAAUGAAACUAAUUCUAAGUAUGAAAUUUUGGUAACUAAAAACAAUAAGACUUUGGAGGAGUUGACUGACGUGACGGAAAAGUUAUCUGCUCUUGAAAGCCAACGAGCAGAAUUAGAACAAUCAUCUACCACAUACUCAAAAGACCUUCAAGAGACUAAGAAAAAAUUAGGCUCUUCUGAUGAUAAGAUCAAGGAAUUAGAAGCUAAAUUGAAAUCUAUUGAGGAUUCCAGAAAGAAAGCCGAAGAUGGAAUCAAUAAAAUGAGUAGAGAAUUAUUCCAAUUUACUAAGGAGAAGAAGGACUCUGAAAACACCAUCAAAGACUUGAACAAGAAGAUUUCAGCUCUCAAAGUAGAAUCUGAUAAAGCAGCAAAGUCUUAUAAUGACGAAAUCAAUAAAUUAAAUGCUGAAAACAGAAUUUUGAAGACUAAGAUUCAAGAAUUAGAGGGAAAAUUACAAGAUUUGACGAAAUCUCAAGAUCAAACUUUAAGAGACUUGAAAGAUAAGUUGUCUGAUAGUGAAGAGUCCAACGCUCAUUUGAUGGAUAAAUUAAGGUCUGCAGCUUCAGCAUUUCAAGAUCUCAAAAGUGGUAAGUCUGAAACUGAUGAGAAGUAUAAUAACUUGUUAGAUGACUUCAAUAGUAAAUUAGAAGAUUUAACUGAAUUGAAUGAUGAUUUAGUCACUGCUGAAAUCACCAUAAAGAAUUUAAACGACGAGAUAGCUGGUUUCAAGUCAGAAUCAGAGAGUAAAUUAAAAGAUAAUCAGAAAAUUGUUGAUGAGUUAAAAGCUAAUAAUGAACAAUUGAAAUCUGAAAAUGCAGAAUUGUCCAAUACUUUGGAAACUUGGAAAUCGAAGUUUGAAGAUGUUUCUAAAGAGUUGACAGAUUUCAAGAAAGUGAAUGAAGAAAAGGUUAAUUCUUUAGAGGAAGAAAAAUCCUCUAUGGCCAAGGAAAUCGAACAAUUGAAAUCUUCCAAUUCGGAACACGUCAAUAAUAUUUCCAAAGAGUUAGCUGAUUGGGAAAAGAAAUAUAAUGAUUUCAAAAAUGAAAGCGAACUCAAAAUCAACGACAAUUUGAGUAGUUUCACUAGGGCUAAGGAUGAACAUUCCAAGGAACUCCAAGAGAUGAAACUUUCACACGAGGAGGUCCUUACUUCCAAAAAUUCUGAAAUUCUGGCGUUGAAUGAAAAGCUCAAAUCAUUGGAAUCUGACAUUACUUUUGAAAAGACUAAAGGUGAAGAGCUCAAUCAAGUUUUAGAAAAUUUGAAAAAAGAAAAGUCCUCAACUGAGAAAGAAAUCGCCCAACUCAAAUCCGAUUUAGCUAGUAAAUCCACUUCUCAUGAUGAGGAUGUCAAGAAAAAGGACGACGAAAUCAAAAAACUCAAAGAGGAUUUGAACAUUGUACAAAAAACACUCGAAUCGAAGGAACUGGAAAUUUCAUCUAAAGUUCAAGAAUUGCAACAACUUGAGUCAAAGUUAAAAGAAAAAUCCCUUCAAUUGGAAGAUUCAUUGUUGAAGUUGAAGGAAAAAGAGACCGAAAUCUCCAAACUUCAAAAAGACCAUGAUCUAUUAAACGAAAAAUACUCCAAUUUAUCCAAAGAUCACAGUGAGGUCAGUGCUGGACAUAAAGAAUUGUCCGGCAUUCAUGAGAAAUUGGAUUCUGAGUUCAAAGAACUUACUGGUAUUCAUUCUAAAUUGGCUACCGACCACACGGCCCUAACUGGAAAUCUCAAGAAAUUGACUUCGAAACAUGAGACCUUAUCGAAGGAUCAUGAAGGUUUGAAUUCUAAACACGAAACCUUGACAGAAGCACAUCAAGAAUUGACCUCCAAUCACGAGAAAGCUAAUGAAGACCUUAAAUCAUUGAGGUCCGAACUCGAAGGUUUGAUCAACAAUCAGAAAACUCUGAAAGAAGAAUACGAUUCUUUGAAAGAAACUCACACCAAGUUGUUGACAGAAAAAUCCACCUUGACCAAGACUUAUGAAGAUUUGAAUGCGGCCAAGACUCAACUUGAUCAAAACCUUAAGACAUUGACUCUUGAGCAUGAAAACUUGAACAAAGAACAUUUGGCUUUGACUAAAGAUCACGAAAGUAAUAAGGAAAGGUUAAGCAAAACUGCCACGGAUCUUGAAAUAUCCAUCAAAGACGCUAAAAAUUCCAAAUCUGAGAUUGAAAAAUUGUCAAAAGAGUCAGAUACUUUGAAAAUUGAACUCUCCAAGAUCAACGAAGUCUUGAAAUCGGAACAAGAGAAUCUAGAAACUAAAAAGGAAGAAGCAACGAAAUUCAAAGAACAAUUUGAAAAAGUCACUGCUGAUUUGAAAAGGGCCAAUGAAGAACUCGAAACUAAAGAACAAAGUGAAAAGUCAAUUUCUAAGGAAUUGAAAUCUUUAAAAACCAAAUUCGAAUCUGAAAAAGCUAAAUAUGAUAGUGAAAUCAAAGAAAAGGAGAAGGCAGUUGUGUCAUUGAAAGCCGAGCUUGAGCAAAAAAGUAAGGAAGUGGAGAAGGAAAGAGAGAUGUUGAGUGAAAGCUCCGAGACUGUGAUUCAGGAAUAUAGCGAUAAGAUUAGGAAAUUAGAAGCUUCCCUCGCUUCUUUGAAAGAAGAUAAUGAACUGAAAGUCAAAACUCUUUCCAACGAAAAGAAGGUUGUAGAAGAGGAGUUAAAUAAUUUGAAGACUGAAUUAAAUGAUUUGAAAGCUGACCACAGCGAGUUGAAUUCCAAAUUUACCAAAGCCACUCAAGAUUCUACCGAUAAAUUGUCAAAUUUGCAAAAGCUUCAUGAUGAAAAACAAAAAUCCGUCACAGCCAAGGAAUCAGAACUCAAAUCUCUCCAAAAGAGGUUCGAUGAUCUAACUAAGGACCACGCUACUUCUACAGGGGAGUUACAGAAGACGUCGAAAGAUUUAGACUCAUUGAAAUCAGAGUUAGAAAAAGAAUCGAAGAAAAAUGAGCAGUUAGUAUCAGAUAUGAGCAAGAAGUCAACAGAGGUUGAAGUGUUGAAGAAUGAUUUGGAUAAGAAAGUCCAAGAAUUCAGCAAAUUGGAAACUGAAUUGAAAGAGAAAAAACAAGAAUACAAAGCUUUGAGAGCUGACUUAGAACUCAAGUCAUCUGAUCAUGGCUCCUUGUCCACUCAAUUAAGUGAAAAGGUCAAGGAAUUGGAUGUUUUGAAGACUCAGUUGGAUGAAAAGACAAAAGAGCAUGAAUUAUUAACCUCUGAUCAUCAGAAGAAAACAAGAGAUCAUGAAUCACUCCAAUCCAAAUUAGAGAAGCAAAUCCAAGAUUUCACUUCAAUCAAAGAAGAACUAAAGAAAAAAUCCGAUUCACAUUCGAAAGAACUUGAAUCAUCUCAAUCACUUCACAAGAAGGCCCAAGAGUCUGUUCAGUUGAUUGAAGAAGAAAAAGCCAAAUUAUCAGGAGAAAUACAGGACUUGAAAAAAGAAUUAGAUACUUUGAAAAAGUCUAACGAUAAUUUGGUUUUAUUAUCUGGAAAGAAUGAUUCUUUACGUAAAGAUAUUGAUUCUUUGAUCUCUGACAAAGAAACAUUAACCAAAGAAUUAGAACUGGCCAAACUGAAGUGUGAGACAUUGAAAUCCCUUGAGACUGAGUUAGCAAACGCUAAGGAAGAAUCAAAAUCAAAAGAGUCGGAAGUGAAACAAUUAAAAGAUAAAGUUGAAGCAAACGGAAAGGUAUUAUCAGACUUGGAAGAACAAUUAGAAUCCAAAAAUCAAGAGCUCAAGAAACUCGAAGAAGAUUUAUCCUCGAAAGAGGAACUCUUGAAUGAAUCAUCAAAAAAAUCAGAGGCUUCGGAUGCUGGUGUCGAGAAAAUCAACAAGGAACUACAAUCGACUAUUAAGGAACUCCAAGAAACCGAGUCGAAGUUGAAAUCUCACGAAUCCAAACAUGCUAAGACAGUAAAGGAGUUAGAAUCGAAACUUUCAGAUCAAGAAUCCACUAUUGAAAAGUUCUCUUCUAUCGAGGAAGAGUUAAAAACUGCAAUGGCAAGUUCGACUGAAAAAUCAGAAACUAUCAAAGCCAAAGAUCAAGAACAGGCUGAACUUAAAAAAUCCAUCAGUGAAUUUGAAUCUUCUUCCAAAGACAAAGAAGACAAAUUGAAUGAACAAAUCGAUGAAUUAAAAGAAAAAUUGAAUAAAACCAUCAAGGAUAUGGUACCGAAGUCAGAAUUGGAAGACUUGAUGUUGUUAUUAUCUGAGAUGGAAGACGGAAAGCUGAAAUAUAAAAAACGUCUUCAAAAAUUAGGUGAAGAAGUUAGUGAAGACGAAGAAAGUGAUGAUGACGAUGACGAUGACGAAGAUGAUGAUGACGAUGAAGAUGAAGACUAG